AUGCAUAAUAAAAAUAUUAAUUUUUGUUUACAAUACGUAGGUACUUCGAAGCGCGGGUUUUAUGUUAAAAAUUUAUUAUUUAUAAUGCGUUUACAUUUCGGCGGCACCGCCAAAAAUCUCUUGCUUUUCUGUUUUCUCACCCAAAGCGAAAUCCUAUGCGGAAAAACCAGUCGCUCCAUCGACGAUUCCACCGGCUCGUCCAUCAUGAGCAUACCCAAAAAAGAACCAGCCACCACCAUUACAACUUAUUUAUACGAAAAUUCCACAGUCGAUGCAACGCCCGAAACGUUCACCAACAAAAGUACCGCCACAGUACCAUCUAGUACUCCUAUAGUUGCUCCACCUGCGGGCGCAAUCAACACAGCGAAACCUGUACUAGACGAAUGUCCAGACUUGAGCAACAUCUCCAAUCUGGAUAAAUCCACCCAGGAGGAAUUCACUCAAAUACUAACCGACAGCUGUCGCUACGAUAGAUACAUCAAACCGCCCGAUAAGCGGGUGGUGGUGAAUUUCCGAUUCGACAUGACCCACGUUGAAUCCGCCGAUCACUUGCAAAUGAAAGCCCACAUUCUGGUCCAAAUGCGCUACAGAGACGAAAGGCUAUCGUACAAAGCCGUGUCCCCAGCGAGGGAGAUCAUCAUGGGCGAGGAGGCGUUGAGGAACAGGAUCUGGGUGCCCCAUUUGAUCCUCUCCAACGAGAAGGAGUCCACGCUGAUGGGGCUCAGCGCCAAGGACGUCUUCGUUCGGAUAUUCCCCGACGGCGAGGUGGUCUACGCCUACCGGAUGAGCACGCUCUUCUUCUGCUGGAUGAACCUGAAGAAGUUCCCCUUCGACUAUCAAGUGUGCGAUCUCACAUGGGUCAGUUGGGCGUAUAACGCGACCGAUAUGCUGUUGAAAUGGGAGGAGGACACGCCAUUCGUGAUAGCGAACAACCUCCAUUUAACUGAAUUCGUUUUAGAAGAUAAAUGGACCGAAGAAGGUCUGUCGGGGAACUACAGCGGCAUCACGUUCAAGCUGAAGCUGCGCCGCGAGGUCGGCUACUACAUCAUGGACUACUUCCUGCCGUCGAUCCUGCUGGUGUGCACCUCUUGGGUGACGUUCUGGCUGCAGGCGGACGCGGCGCCGCCGCGCGUCACGCUCGGCGCCUCGACGAUGCUGUCGUUCAUCACGCUGCAGGGCGGCCUGAGCAAGAACCUGCCCAAGGUGUCCUACAUCAAGGCGAGCGAGAUCUGGUUCUUGGCGUGCGCCAGCUUCAUAUUCUUCUCGCUGGCCGAGUUCGCGUUCGUCAACGUCAUAUGGAGGAGGAAGAAGAAGGUGGAGAUGAAGAAGAACAGCAGCGUGCAUAUUCUGAAAGGGGCUCUGACGCCGAGCUUGGCUAGGAGGCAAGUGAGGAAGGCUAGCUCGAUGAACAGCCUGCACAAGGCCAGGUCUUGUUCGAGUUUGGAUAAGGAGAUCGCCGAAAGGAAUACGCAAGCUAAUUAUUUGACUGUACAUAGUUUUCCAAGCUCGUUGAUUGUUCCGACGAUAACUCAUAGUGAUGACGAUCUCACGCAGGAUAAUGAAAGAGUGACUACUAUUCCGAUACCGGAGGCGUCUAAUAAUUCAAAUAAUAAUCCUUUGCCGCACGCGUUUACUACGAUGACUCCCCAGGAGGUUGCCAUAUGGAUAGAUAACAAAUCCAGGAUCGUCUUUCCGCUCGCAUUUGUCGUUUUUAACAUAUUUUAUUGGUCUUUUGUAUACGCGCUAUAA